AUGAUGGAUAGUCGUUUUCGCAGGGAGUUGGUGAACAACAAACUAAGCAUUGAGCGUAAAUGGAUUGUAACUGGAACACCGACAUCAAAUAUACUAGGGUUGGGCUUGGGCCGCAAGCAGGAUGAGGACAUAGAAAAUGACAUUAGCAUUGACAGCACUUACUCAUUACCUCCUAUGACAGAUUGCUCUGCAUCCGCUACCUCUUCAAUUUCUGAUAGCAGCAUGAGGAACAUAGUCAGGGAAUGGGGGACGUAUGACUACGUCAACUUGCGAAAACUCGGGGCAAUGAUUAGUGACUUUCUUGCCGUUCCCCAGUUUGAUUCUGAUCUGAAACUGUCUGGUAGCCAUGUCUCUUCACCUCUUUGCGAUCCUCAUGGGCCUCGCGUAGGCGCAGUCAAAGUACUGAGUCAGAUCAUGGAUAUGGUCAUGUCUUACAAUGCAUUGCAAGCCAGUAUUGCAAUUAAUGCUAUUGACUCUGAAUGCAAGGGUCAGGAUUCCUUGCAUCUGGCGCUAGAGCAAUGGGUAGCAAUACAGAGUGGCCCGGUAUCAGGAGUCAGGGACUGGUGCGCAAGCUCCGCUAUGAUGGAUAUACUCAAGCAAAAAUAA